UGUCGCCUGCAUCCAAGAAAUAUGAUUAUCAGCGUGGCCUUGAUCUGCUCCUCUUUUACGACGAAGGCGUACGUAAGUCGGAACGCGCUGGCAUAAUGACACUCAAUAUUGUAAACAAUCAAAUAAAUGUAAAAAAAAAAAAAAAAAACUGUGCCUUGAAAGGCAAAUUUGAGCGCCGUUCGUAAGCUCCAAAUGUUGCGCCUGUCAAGUGCGUCAUCGAAUAUAUUCGCCGAUUGUUUUGCGGUGGCGUAAACGCGCUCUGCGUCGCCCCGCUUCUUACAAUGCACUCGAAACCGACACGGUUCCCGAAAUGAGGAUAUUUAUCAUGCGGCAUAUGACACGGCUGCUCUUGUCUUGGCGCUCGCCCCCCCCCCCCCCCCCCCCAAAAAAAUACAAUCGAAAUAAAAGAAAAUUGUCAGGUGAGCGUUCCCGAGCAAACGUUGCGCCGCUGGAUUGUUUCUCCGAGCGACAGAGCACGUGGCCGACAACAGUGUCACAGCGCGUUAGCGUCUCGGAAAGGUCAGUGGACAUUAGCCCGUGGCUCCGACGAUGAGAGCUCCUCUCGCCCACUCUGACCGCCCCCGGACCCCCGUCCCCCCCGUCUUUGCCAGGCCACAAAGCUUUUCAGACAGCACACGCAAAUAUGCCAGAAAGCACACACGCGCAGAUUUGGCCAGCAGAAAUGCAUUUGGCGAAUCCUGCAGAAAACAAUUUGGGGGGAAGAAACAAUUCUUGCAAGUACACGUGACAAAUAAUGACAUUUCGUUGUAUAUCAUGAGAAAAAGGAAUGCUUGCUAACCCCCCCCCCCCCCUUCCCAGCCCCCCCUCAAAAAUAUCUUGUGGAUUGCAUACAAUAAUUAUUGAAAAGACAUUGGAAUGGAUUUCGGGCUUCGUGGUUUCAAAUAUCGACUGUGGAAUUCCUCUGAAAAAUGCAACAUAGGAUUUUUCUCGUCGUGGCAAAUUGUCCGAAUGAUCGAAAAUGGCGAUUUUCCUUCUCGCACAUUUAGCGGGCCUUGUGGGCCUCGAAAGGCGGCGGGGCAAAAAGCGGCCAUCUUUCAUGAAGCCAAUUUAGGGGCCGUAGCUGUCCGGUCGGUCGGUCGGCGCGCGCGUGCCCUCGCCCGCACCCGCGCCCGCGCCCGCGCGCGGUGGGUGUGGUCUACUCUAUAUCUAGUCCAGGCUCGCUUGGGCCUCCAGCAGAAAUGUGGCGAUGAUGCCGAAGCGCAACUCGACUCAAACGUCACACCUCCUUCGCUUGGCCGGAAAACUGCGUUUUGUAAAUCUUGUGGCAUGGAAAUGUUCGGCGAUAACUCGUGCGCCGCCGCUCCUAAGCCGUGCAAUUGCGCUUUAGGCUUCCUGCAGAAGACCAACAGCCUGGAGGAGAAAGGGAGGCUGGCUCAGAAGAAGCUGCUCUCCUGCGACAACAGCAGCGACAGGGACGCCCGCUUCCGACGCACCGAGACCGACUUCUCCAACCUGUUUGCCCGAGACUUGUUGCCAGCCAAGAAUGGAGAAGAAGCGACCAUGCAGUUUUUACUGGAGGUGGUCGACAUCCUGACCAACUAUGUGAAGAAGACCUUCGAGCGCUCCACCAAGGUUUUGGACUUCCACCACCCUCACCAGCUGCUGGAGGGCAUGGAGGGCUUCAACCUGGAGCUGUCCGACCAGCCCGAGUCUCUGGAGCAGAUCCUGGUGGACUGCAGGGACACGCUCAAAUACGGAGUCCGCACAGGUCACCCUCGCUUCUUCAACCAGUUGUCGUCAGGUUUGGACAUCAUCGGCCUGGCGGGCGAGUGGCUCACGUCCGCCGCCAACACCAACAUGUUCACCUACGAGAUCGCGCCCGUGUUUGUUCUAAUGGAGCAGCUGACCCUGAAGAAGAUGAGGGAGAUGGUCGGCUGGCCCGGCGGCGAGGGAGACGGCCUCUUCUCGCCAGGGGGCGCUAUUUCUAACAUGUACAGCGUGAUGAUCGCACGUUACAAGUAUUUCCCCGAGGUCAAGACCAAGGGGAUGUCUGCUGCUCCUCGACUGGUUCUCUUCACAUCGGAACAUAGCCACUACUCCAUUAAGAAGGCGGGCGCUGCUCUGGGUUUUGGCACGGAGAACGUCAUUCUGCUGAGCACAGAUGAGAGGGGGAGGGUCAUUCCUGCUGAUCUGGAGGCUAAGAUCAUUGACGCUAAACAGAAGGGUUACGUGCCGUUAUUUGUCAACGCCACAGGUGGCUCCACCGUCUACGGCGCCUUUGACCCCAUCGAUGAGAUUGCUGACAUUUGCGACAAGUACAACCUGUGGCUGCACGUUGACGGAGCGUGGGGCGGCGGUCUGCUGAUGUCCAGGAAGCACCGCCACAAGCUCAAUGGAAUCGAGAGGGCCAACUCUGUCACAUGGAACCCGCACAAGAUGAUGGGCGUGCCCCUGCAGUGUUCGGCCAUCCUGGUCAGAGAGAAGGGACUGAUGGGCGGCUGCAACUCCAUGUGUGCCGGCUAUUUGUUCCAACAAGACAAGCAGUACGACGUCACAUACGACACCGGGGACAAAGCCAUUCAGUGUGGCCGGCAUGUCGACAUAUUUAAGUUCUGGCUCAUGUGGAAGGCCAAGGGCACCGUUGGCUUUGAGCAGCACAUAGACAGGUGCUUGGAUCUGUCUCAGUACCUGUACAACAAGAUCAAGAACAGGGAGGGCUACCAGAUGGUGUUUGAUGGCGCGCCCCAGCACACCAACGUUUGCUUCUGGUACAUUCCGCCCAGCCUCCGAGGAAUGCCCGACAGUGAGGAGAGGCGGGAAAAGCUCCACAGGGUUGCACCGAAGAUCAAGGCCAUGAUGAUGGAGUCAGGGACCACCAUGGUGGGCUACCAGCCUCAGGGAAACAAAGUCAACUUCUUCCGUAUGGUCGUGUCCAACCACGCGGCCACCCAAUCUGACAUCGACUUCCUCAUUGAUGAGAUAGAGAGGCUGGGUCAUGACCUGUAGACCUCCUAUAGCACCGCCGCAGUGUUCCAUGUGUUGUAUUUCUAAAGCGCAGCAUUGUGACUGUUCCCCACCUGAGGAGAGACCCAACAAGCGCGACGGACGCGUGCCGCUGGGAAGUCUCGUAUUGCGUACGUUCAAUCCUGUGUCGUUGAAUUCAUUUAGAUUCUUGUUCAAUGUGUGCGCGAAAAGCAGAGAAGCACAAUUCAAAACCUGACAAGCAUCAGGAAAUUCUUCUUCUGUAUACCAGAGUUCAGGUGUGCAUAUACAAUAUAUACUGGAUAAGUAUUUUAGGGAUGGUAUUUAUGAAACAUAAGCUAAUUAAUAUAUGUGUACAGGAUAGCAAUUCAAAGUCAAAUCCUGAGAGGAAGUGUUUAAGUCUGUCAUAUUCUCCGAGUCGGACAGGUUAGUUAUUAUUCUGUGUGUGUGUGAUUCUGAUGUUCAAAUGCUGGCUCAUUGUCUGUGCCCUGCGAUCACGUGAUACCGGUAUGUGUUCUUAAAAAGUAUUUAUUCGUAUUUGAUUAGAUGGAAAAAAUUGCAUUUUCAUUGUAUACAGAUUCAGGUAUUUUAAUGUAAGUGUAUCUUCAUGUGCAGUACAUGGUGAUCAUUUGUAUGAUGUAAAUCAUUGGUCAUUUCAAUGAUAGCGACUUUGUCGGCCAAAGAAAGAGAAUCCAGCGGAAAUAUUGCAAGUUGUUAUUCCUCGUAUAGAACUUUCUAGAUGUGUGUGACACGUGACCCUCGACUGCGAUGCAAUUUCUAUCGUGCGUUUAUUCCCGCGAAUGUCCGCAGUGGCCGACCGGCCUUCCGAUGGGACGGAGAACCAAAUGGAGACGUGUGAGGAUGUAGUCUCUUCUUGAGAAUGGCUCGCACGAAUUGGGCCAUCUGUUUGAAUUCUACGCAUUUACUGUAACAUAGUACAUUUAUUGUAGUACAUAUUACAUGUAUUUCCAGUAUUGUGGGAGCUCCACUGAAUAUCUUGUUUGAGGAGCUCCUCUUUGUGUCUUUGCACUAGUUUCCCGUUUCUUUCCUCCAUUGUAAAUGGAUGUGUACGACGAGAUAUUGACGAAACGUUGAUGGGAACCAGGGACGUUUAUGUGAAUCGAACGAUUGCACAAAUCACAUCGAAACACUUUGUUGUGAGCAACUGCUGUAUGGGACCAGAAUGGUUUUGAGAUGAAUAUAGCUGCAAAGGAAUGUUUACCGAGAGAUUAUCUGGAGGCACUUUAACAAAAACAAAACACAGCGUCCCUCAUAAGAUGUUUAAUAAAGUUGAAUAAACCCAUAUGACUUGU